AUGGCGAGUGACGACGACUGGUCUUGCGACGCCAAUGAUGCGGUCCAUAUUACCGUAGUGCAGCCCAGCGAGACCAAGCCCAAGACUCUCUCGACUUUCCAUCCACAAUUUACCUAUCCUAUCUUUGGUGAUGAAGAGCGCAUCUUUGGCUACAAUGGCCUGAUUAUCCGUCUGCGCUUUGCGGCUCAUGACCUGCGUCCCCAUGUCCACAUUUCCUAUGAUGACAAGUUUAAAGCGGUCGGCGACACGGCAGCGGUGGACCUUCUUGGGGCUCUGAAGCCGUUCGUUCCAAAAGAGGCCUUUGCGAACCUCCCCGACUACGAGAAAGCGGUUCAAGAGGAUCCACAUGCGAAAGACUUCACACCCCCUGGUAAAUUGGUUUUUAGCUAUGAGGUGGAUGAGAGAAACUAUGAGAUCUGGGCUGGAUCGCUCGCGGACCCCGCAGUACGACUGCUGUUGGAUCGCGCGCAAGUCCUGGUCUCUCUUUUCAUCGAGGCCGGAACCCCUCUGUCGACCGAUGAUCCAGAAUGGAGUCUUGAACGUUGGACGGUUUACUUUGUUUAUGAGAAGGUGACUCCUCCAACGCCAACCGCAUCGUCAUAUUCCAUUGUUGGAUAUGCCACAACCUAUCGGUAUUGGCUGUACCAGCGAGAUCGUUCAGAGACUCCCAGCGUCAAGAGCGAUCCGUUCCCAGGGCCCGAGAUCAAAAUCUCUGAGCUCCCAGCACGACUUCGGAUCGCGCAGCUUCUCAUUCUGCCUUCACACCAUCGUUCGGGUCAUGGCACCCAUUUGUACACAACAAUUCAUGCUUCAUGCAUCGCCGACCCUACCAUCGUCGAACUGACAGUCGAAGACCCCAACGAAACGUUUGACGCGCUGCGAGACACGGCCGAUUACUGUCUGCUGCGGCCCGAGUUCCUCAAGCACGAUGUGAGCCUGAACCCCGACCCAUACGAAGCAUAUUCUCGAAAGCAACGCCCUAAGGUGGUUCCUACCGCCGCCCUCAUCCCCACCAAACUCCUCUCCGAUAUUCGCAGCUCAUUCAAGAUCGAGGCCACCCAGUUCGCACACAUCCUGGAGAUGUUCUUGCUGGGCCAGAUUCCCAAGAGCCAUCGCCUGGCCGGAGGCACCAACCUGGCGCGCCUGUUGAUCAAGAAAUAUAAGGCAGAUGACGAAAACGACCGACGGUACUACUGGUGGCGCAUGCUCACCAAGCAACGCCUGUACAAGAAACACCGGGAGCUGCUGAACGAACUGGACCCUACGGAUCGGGUAGAAAAGCUCGACGGCACCGUUCAGAAUGUCGAAGAAGGCUACGAAAUCACACUGGAGGCGCUCGAGGGUCGUUUGCCCGAUGUGCAAGACCAAGUUCCCGCGGCUCCGAGUGGCAGUCGCGACAAGCGUGCCAAGCGCAAACUCACUGUGGUUGACGACGAGGAUGAGGAAGAAGGCCAGGAAGAGCCAGCCAAGCGUACCAAGGUGUAG